AUGGGUAUAUUUAUUUCUUAUGGUGAUACCCCCAUUGUGAGGGCAAACAACAAGAGCCUCAGCUUUGUCCUUCUGGUCUCCAUCUCAUUGGGUUUCCUCUGUGUCUUCUUGUUCUUGGGUCGCCCCAUGGAUACAACCUGCAGGCUACGCCAAGUGUCUUUCGGAAUUCUUUUUACCAUCGCGGUCUCCUGUGUGUUGGCCAAGACUGUAAUGGUUUGGCUUGCUUUCAACGCCACCAAACAGGGCAGUGUGUGGAAACAGUGGGUUGGAGUAAAACUGCCCAAUUUUGCUGUCUUCAUCUGCUCAUCAUUCCAAGUUGUCAUCUGCAUUGUAUGGCUGGCGAUCUCUCCCCCCUUCCAAGAGCUGGACACACGCUCCUACCACACAAAGAUCAUCGUUCAGUGUAAUGAAGGGUCAGUCAUUGGGUUCUACUCUGUCCUGGGAUAUUUGGGGAUCCUGGCUGCUGUCAGUUUUAUUACAGCUUUUCUAGCGAGGACAUUACCGGACAGUUUUAAUGAAGCCAAGUACAUCACCUUCAGCAUGCUGGUGUUCUGCAGUGUCUGGAUUUCCAUGAUCCCGGCCUAUCUGAGCACCAAAGGGAAAUAUGUAGCGGCUGUGGAGAUUUUUGCUAUACUGACCUCAAAUGCCGGACUUCUAUUUUGUAUAUUUCUUCCAAAAUGCUACAUAAUUAUUUGUCGCCCCAAUUUAAAUUCAAAGAAGCAUUUGCUUGACAACAGAGGCAAAUAA